CGGACACGUAUUAAAUUAAGUAACCCACGGUUACCAAUAGACCAUAACAAAUGGCAACUCAUCUUCCUUAUCUGUUAUGUACAACGAAAGGAAUAUUUUAAUGUUAGGCGCAACGUUGUAAAGGAAAGCAAAACCCAUCCAAGAAGCAUUAACAGUUAAAUACGAUUUAUUUACAAACAAGGAUAGUAAAAAGUAAAUGUGUUAAUAUUUGCCUUCAUUGUUAAGGAUUAGUAAAAUAAAAAAUAAAACUCAAAACACACGCAAUGAAGCAUCAACAAGUUAUUGUUGACUAUUGGAAUAUGUUCAAAGCUUCAUUCACAUGUUUGCUUUUGGCCUUUUCUGGUUACAUUUUAAUCAAGAUGGUGCAAACCAUAUUUUGGCUACCAGGAUAUUUGCAAAAAAAUCAAAAACGUUUGGAAGAAUUGGCAGCGCAAUACUCUUUGGAACUGGAUGAAGAUAAAGCUAUUGCAGACGAUUUGAAAGCACAGAUAGAAGAAGACGUUGAAGAACAAAAACCGACACUUCAACAACGAAACGAUGAAGAUAUAGAUACCAGCACAGAUGAUGCAACAAAAAUAGAAGAACCUAAAAAGCACAAAUAAUUCAAUUUUUUA